UAAGAAUCUGAGUUCCAUUCCAUCCCUUUCCAAAAGAGAAAGAGAAGAAUAUUUGAGCAGAAGAAGAAAAGUAGAUGAUGAAGAUGAUGCUGUUGGAAGGAGAUGAUAUCAGGAAGAGGAAGAACAAGUACUCAACAACUCUCUUGAUCUGCCUCUUGUCAUGUGUUGCCUUUGUUCAGCUCAAGCCCUUGCUCAAUGGAAGUAGCAGCAGCAGCGAUUCCAUCUACAGGGGUUUGAGAAACGACGCUCCUUCCACAUAUGCCCUGAACCUCGACUCCUAUUCCAAAUUGGUCAGCACUGGCGCUGAGACAUACGAGUCCGAUGUGUUUCAGUCCAGUGGUUACAAUUGGACACUGACACUGUACCCGAGUGGCAACACUAAAGACGGAGGAGCAGAUCAUAUAUCUCUAUAUUUGAAACCAUACAACACAAAGUCAUUGCCCCAAGGAUGGGAGAUCCUCACUAGAAUCAGCUUCUUUGUUCAGAACAAGCCCAAGAAGAAGUACUUGGUGGUGGAGGAGAAGGAGGUGCAGAGAUUCAACGCAGCCAAAACAGAGUGGGGAAUAGGGAAGUUGAUACAGCUGUCGACAUUUUCGAACGAGAAGAAUGGGUACCUUGACGGAGACAAGUGCCAGUUUGGAGUUGAGGUCCUUGUCCUGAACAAAAACCCCAACUCCGAACAACUCUCCUUUUACGACAAGGGUAACUUCACGUGGACGAUAUUGCACUUCUCACAGUUGGACGAGUCCAAGUUCGUCUACUCUGAUGAAUUCGCUGUCGCUGAUAGUAACUGGAAGGUGAGAGUUGCACCGAGAGGGGACGGAGAUGGAUGGCGCAACUACUUGUCUAUCUACUUGGAGUUAUCAGAGACCACAACGCAGAGCCUCCGAGUGAAUGAGAAGGUGUACGCCAGAGCCAGCAUCAGUGUCCUCAACACUGAUCCUUCCGAAAACAUCCAGAGGCAACUUGGAAAGUGGUACUCUCGAGAGGUGCCGUCUUUGGGGUUCCAACAGUUCAUGUCUCUUGUGGAUCUCCACAGCCCUUCCAAAGGUUACCUCGUGGGAGAUAGACUCACCCUUCAGAUCCAGUUCCACCUCAUUUCUAAAAUCCAUUACACUCCUUAGCACCUCUCUGUCUUGAUAAUGAUGUAUCUUGCCCUAUGUUUUACUAUAUGUUUUGAGACUAUUUGAACUCCUGGGUUGUUUUGUUGUUGUUCUAUUUCACAAAUAAAACAAACAAUGAAACAUAUAUUGCUUCAAAAGUAGCCACACAACGACAAUUGUUAUGGAGGGAGCUUUUUUACGCAUGUUGUGUUGAAAGAGCUCAUCUUUCAACCGAAAGAGUUAAGACUUGCUUAGUUUGGCUCUGUCUUCUUUUCUUUGGGAUCUCCCAUGCAGGCAGCUUCUCGAUAUAUAUGGAUAUUCAUAUGCUUUAUCUUGUAUACGUAUUAUUUAAACCACGCCUUGAACAUAAUUCAACAGAGGUUCAGGUAUAUAGAAAGAGAACGACAUCAACCUAUAGACUAUCUGCAACAAUUUUUGUUUUUUUCUCUACUUCCUACAGCAAUUCUUGUCACACACGUUGUUUUAUGUUCCAGCAAUUCCGUCAACG